AUGGAGAGGAACGACACGGCGCCGGGCGGCGCGUGCGAGAGCGAGCUGGAAUGCCGAGCUGCGCUGGAUAACUGCACUGGCGCUUUGGACGCAAAUCUUUCCGUGCGCUGCUGGCUGUAUCUGCUGACCAAGGAGUAUGACUCGGGGCUACAGGGCGACCCCUCGAGCCUGGCGUUGCGCGUUACGAUUGCGCUCGUGUACACGGUGGUGUGCGCGCUGGGGCUGGUGGGAAACACGCUGGCACUCUACCUGCUCCACUCGCGCCACCCGCAGAAGCAGAGCUCUAUCGAUUGCUUGGUUAUGGGCUUGGCCUUUACUGACCUGCAGUUUGUGCUCACACUGCCCUUCUGGGCCGUAGACACAGUUAUGGACUUUCGCUGGCCCUUUGGUCGCGUCAUGUGCAAAAUCGUAAGUUCUGUGACCACCAUGAAUAUGUACGCCAGCGUGUUCUUCCUCACCAGCAUGAGUGUGGCCCGAUACUACUCCAUCACAUCAUCGCUGAAGAUGCAUGGACACCGGUCAGCUGUGAUCAAGGCCAAGUGGGUCAGUGUAGCCAUCUGGGCUGUGUCACUCCUAGCCACACUGCCACAUGCUGUCUACUCUACCAUCGCCCAGGUGGCACCAGAUGAGGAGCUGUGCCUUGUCCGCUUCCCGGAGUCAGGCAGCUGGGAUCCCCAGCAGCUUUUGGGCCUGUACCAGUUGCAGAAGGUGCUGCUGGGAUUUGUCAUCCCACUGGGGGUGAUCACGCUGUGCUACCUGCUGCUCCUUCGCUUCGUGAUGAGCCGCAGGAUCCUUGGCAGCGUAAGCCCCGAGACUGAGCAGGGUCGCAACAAGCGUCGGUCCAAAGUCACAAAAUCGGUUGUGAUUGUGGUACUCUCCUUCUUUCUCUGCUGGCUGCCUAAUCAGGCACUCACGCUCUGGGCCGUGCUCAUUAAGUUUGAUAUGGUACCCUUCAGCAACGCCUUUUACAAUGCCCAGGCCUAUGCCUUCCCACUCUCAGUGUGUCUGGCGCACACCAACAGCUGCCUCAACCCGGUGCUCUACUGCCUCAUCCGCAGAGAGUUCCGUGCUGGACUCAAGGAGCUAGUGAUUAGGGCCACACCAUCUUACCGCAGCUUGGCACAGCUGCUCCCCCGAAAGGCCAAAGUGGCAGAGGCACCCACCGUUUUAGUGUUAGUGCAGAUGGAUGUCUGAAGAAAAAAAAAGACUCAACCUGGCUGACGUUCCAGUACACAUCUGCACAGACAAACAAGCCCUUUGAAGCUGUUGUUGUUUUUAAAUCUUUGUUUCUGUGUGAUAGACUGGAUCAGACAUGAGGAAUCCCUUGUGGAGCAUGCCCCAGAUUCUUUUGCACUUUUUGUGCUCUUUAUUUCAUCCAUUUCCCUUGACUGUGUGAUCUCUGAUCUUGUUUUUGGCAUGCACAUUUGGUCUGCAGUUCAGGGACAUUUCUAUUCACCUUCAUUUUAUUGGUGCACUUUAAAGAUUUCUUCAAGGACAUCCUUCAGAGGAACUAUAAAUGAUACAUUUGUGUGGUUAAAGAUGUGAUGUGAGCAGAAGUGCAAGCAGCAGUUCUACAAUGCCUGACUAUAUCAUGAGAGAUAAGAAAGGGAAAAAAAAUGUCUGUCUGAUGCACAACCUUAGAUGGUUAAUUGCAAAAUCUAAAAUGCCCUUGCAGAAAUAUCCUCAGUGCAAUCCUGAUAUAUGUGUAAAUACGAAUCUUUACAAAUUGCAAGUUGUUAAUUCAGUGUAUGUAAAACAAAUGUUUAUAAUAAGUGUAAAAUUAUGAAAAUUAAAUAAAAACAGUAAAACGAAUAAACAUGAUUGCUGUUAUCAACAGUUCUGUAUUCUGAUUCUUCACCUUUAACACAAAUAUAUUCCUAAUCUAGAGCAUGCAAUGAUAUGAUCUUUGUCAGAUUAUUAAUGAUUGUAUAGGUUAUUACACAUACACUAAUAAGUGUCUUACAGAAAAGUUUAUGAGUGUUAUGAUUAUUCCAAACUUAUAACCUAAUAUCUUACGUGUCCAUGAUUGUGCCGGGGCAAAGUGGUUGCUUAAUUCCUGUUUCUGUAUAUAUUGACUGAUUGAGUGGAACGUGUCUAUUGGAAUCACACAAAGGACACUUUACUCUGAUGAAGGACUUUGAUAAGUGAAUGUGACAACAGAUCCAGAUGCACAAAUUGCA